AGUAAAGUGACAUGUGUUGUAAUAAAUGUGGACUUGUUUAGAUCCAAGAGUCUUCCUUCCCCUUUCCUUUUGCUUCUCACCUAAUUACUCUUUUUCAUAUAAUAUUAAAGUUGUUAGACCAAAAAUAUUCAUUCAAUCAAACCCUCCCAACGCCCUUCCUUCCUUGUUUGUUUGCCUAGAAAAAGAAGAAAGAUCAAAUUUUUCCUUUCUCUCUAUCUAUCUAAACCUAAAUCAACCAGAAAUCAAGGACUCCUACGCCUUAAUCAUCCAUAACACACUUCUCAAAGAGCUUUAGUUUCGUUCUUUUGUUCACUUUCAAUUAAGAUUUUUGUUCGAGGGAUUUCUCCUUUUCUCUGCGUCUCCAUGGCUGUCGCGUCGUCUGAGGAAGCUCAAAGCAUAUGCAGUCACUGUGACAGAGCUAUCCCUUCUUCAAAUAUUGAUUUGCAUUUUGCUCAUUGCUCCCGCAAUCUUGAAAGAUGUAAAGUUUGUGGUGAUAUGAUUCCGCGAAGGCAUGCUGAGGAACAUUACUUGAACACUCAUGCCCCGGUAGCUUGUUCACUAUGUAGUGAGACAAUGCAACGAGAAAUACUAGCUGUCCAUAAAGGUGAAAACUGCCCCCAAAGGAUUGUCACAUGUGACUUUUGUGAGUUCCCAUUACCUGCAAUUGAUUUAGCUGAACAUCAGGAAGUAUGUGGGAAUCGAACAGAACUUUGUGCUCUCUGUAACAGAUAUAUUAGACUCCGAGAAAGAUACAACCAUGAAAUUAGAUGCAAUGGUGCCCCAGACGACGUUGUUGAGUCUUCCAGGGAUGUAAGGCCAGCUGAAAGAGAGCCAGGUGCUCCUAGACGACAGCCGCCACCGAACGAGUUUUCGCGACGACGUAUUAUAUUUACCAUCGCAAUUACUGGGAUUGCAGUCCUAAUAGGGUCUCUUUUUCUCCAGAGGAAAUGAUAAAAUGUAAUAGUGGUGUUUAUGUAUAUUUCUUCAAUUAUGGGUAUCUUAAAUUAUAUGAGAUGAUACUUCUGUCUGUGUUUGUAUUUAAACUCAUCAUUGAGAUUGUGAA